AUGAAUAGGCUGUCGACCUCGACCAUCAGCCCGACCGCAGCUGCUCAACCUCAAACCACGGCCGACGAAGCUGAAGCCGCCCAGACUCUCGCCCAAGUCAAAGCAGCUAGAGCUACUCCCGUUAUUACGUUUGCCCCGUCACCCACCCGAGGCGAGCCUCCCUUCAACGAAGCUCCGCCACCUUAUGAAGAGCGGCCUAUGCAAGGGGCUGAGCUCCCUCCACAUAUGAGGCGCACCCCGCGUGCUGAUUGCCGUCGUCGUUGGCCAACGCCAGACCGCGCUCCCAGACGACCUCGUCGUCCAUCUCCCUAUCAUCGUUCCUCGCCUCCGUCCUCUCCGUUAGCCCAUCGCAGCUCGUCCCCUUCUGUCCAAUCUUCUCCUCCAUCUUCCCCUCCUAGCUUAGGUCCUGAAGGUCCUACCCCCAGCAAUGAGCAGUACAGUGCUGCCUUCUUUGCCCACAGCUUUGUCAACUUCUUGCAUGACCUUUGUACCAUCUUAGACCGUCUUCCACCAAGCCACCCUGACGCCCAGGCCCACAACCUCAUAAGGAUGGAUGCCACCCUCCUGGAGCACUGGUACCGCCACCGCGCGGAUCAAUUCGACUCGAUCUAA